AUGCACUUCUCAAAGUUUCUCGUCAUGGUCGGAGCAACCGUUGCCAGCGCUGCCAGUAUCCCCAGCUCACCCACUGCCCAUUUUUAUUCUAAGGCGGACCUCGGUUUAAAGCAAUCCAACAAGAUCGUGAAGCGUGGACUCGAAGCGGCCUUCAAAUUGGAAGUCCAAAACGGAGUCAACAUCGGUAAAUGCGUCGUAGGACUCUUCGACACUACGGCUGCGUUCUUGGAUUGCGAAAGUGAAUACGUUGUGACAUUCUCUAUUGGAGCUUGUGGUGUCCUUGAUUCCUCUGUGGGUCGUCCCGGAAUUAUCGGUUUCCCUGACAAUGGAUGGAUCUUCUACGAUGGCACCAGCCCCGAAAUUACCGGUUGUUCGUUGGGUACUGGCGAUAUUCUCAGCUGUACUACUGCAUAUGAUCCAUCGAGCUACGUUUAUGGCUACAAUGUCUUCGGAGUGACUAAUAACUACGAGACUCUUGUUAUGGCUAAUUCAGCUAUCGUCGACUGGAACAACUUAACUGCAGCACAGGCACCGGGCGGGGAGGAAAUCACGUUGAAGGCUAUUGCCCCUUAA